GGCACACAUGCAAAGUUAGCCUACCUCACCUUCCAGCCUGACUGUUUAUGUGCUGGCUUCUGAUGGCCCUGUAGUCUUAGGUUUCUGGGUAGACAUUACUGAGGAAUACAUGUAGCUGCUUUUGGGACAGCUAAGUGCAAGUUGUGCUAUGUGGAACCAAGCUUGUAGCCAGUCCCUUGGUGGGAUGACCAGCCACAAAGCAGUGACAUCAAAGAGGGCAACCCUCCAGAUUUUGCCCUGCACUGUGUCUCAGCUGCUGUCUGCUCCCCAGGUCAGCAAUGAUACCUUUGCAAUUUGUGACUGGGAACUGAACCAGGUUUCUGUUGUGGGCAUCAUCAGAGGAUUUGCUCCCUUCGUGACAUACAUCCAGUACUCUGUGGAUGACAUGACUGGUCCAGCUUUAAACGUGAAGCAGUGGGUUUCAGAGGACUGUGUUCCGAUGACGUUUACUUCACCUGGAACAUAUGUGAGGGUUAUUGGGAGUCUGCGCAAUUUCAGUGGUCAGAGGUCAUUGCUGGCAAUGAAUAUCCGUUGUAUCAAGGACCUGAAUGAGAUUACAUCCCACAUGUUGGAAGUGGUACAAGCCCAUAAGCAGUUUUUUGGAAAGGUGUUUGAUGUGAAUAUGAAUACCACUUCUGCUUCGCUGUCUGGAAGAGUCCUCAGUCAGAGUGGAGGAGGACAUCUUGAAGGCACCUUACCAAAUGGUUUGUCCACCAUCCAAGGCCAGGUGUUGCAUGUAAUCAGGGGGUUUUCUGUCCAUGAACGUGGCAUCAGUUUACAUGACCUGAAGACACAGCUCAACUACCUCAGUAUGAGAGACAUCAGAAGUUCCUUGGUGUUGCUGGUAAAUGAAGGUCACAUAUUCUCUACCCUUGAUGAGCAUCAUUUCAAGGCGACAGAACAGUAGUAGUCUGCCUGGAGGCCAGUGAAACAUCAAGACAUCAUAUCUGAUCAGGAUGUAUACACUCCCCACAUUUUCAGGGUCACAUAAAUCUUUAUUGUUUUUGUUAAAUUUAGUUAUUUAUUUAUGACAAUGUACUGUAGCUAAUUCUUUGUCAGUCUUGGUUUAAAGAUGCUGAAACAGUUACAGGAGUUAUAGUGCAUCAUUUCCUAUAACACAUUACUGCAUUGAUGUAUUGCUGGAGUUUCUUAAAUGUAUUUAUGUACAUUAUAACUUUUUAUUUCAAGUUUAUUUGUGCUCUGAAUUGUUGGGUACACAGCAAAUGAUGUCAUGAUUGCUGAAAAUAAAAAACAAGUUUAAAAUGUG